AUGGCUACAAGUUAUGAUUCUAUCAACAGUAUUACCUGUAGUAGAUUAUGUAAUGAAAAGGUUUGGAAAAUAAAGGCAAGGAUUAUAAGGUUAUGGAAAGUUCCAUCCAAAUUUGACAAGAGUAAGACAGCUUAUCUAAAAAUGGUUCUCAUGGAUGAUAAGGUGGUUGUGGAAAAAUAUUCUUAUGGUCAACUAUAUCAUUCUCAAUUAGGUCUAAAGGAGGGAAGUCCUUUUGCAAGGUUAAUAUCCAAGGCCAAAUUAAUCAUAUGGGAUGAAGCUCCAAUGAUAAUAAGUAAGUAUUGUUACGAAGCUUUAGACAUAUGCCUCAGAGACAUCUUAAGGUGCUCAGAUUCGUAUAAUGCUCAUUUGUCAUUUGGAGGUAAAGUUGUUGUUCUCGGAGGAGAUUUUAGACAAAUUUUACCUGUGAUUUCCAGAGGCUCAAGGCAAGAUAUAAUUCAGUCUUCUAUUAAUUCUUCAUAUUUAUGGCAUAACUGUAAGGUUUUAAAGCUUACAAAAAACAUGAGAUUGUCACUAGGUGAAAACAACAACAUACAAAAACUCAGAAAUUUUGCAAAAUGGCUACUCAAAAUUGGUGAUGGUUUGGCUGGUGAUACAACAGAUAGUGAAUCGAUCAUUCAUAUACCAUCUGACAUUUUGAUUAAGAACUCUGAGACAGUUUUGGAUGACCUCAUUGAUUUCGUGUAUCCAAAUAUGUUAUCCAAUUUAUCCGUUGAAAAUUAUUUCAAGGAUAGAGCAAUUCUUGCACCAACUUUGGAUUGUGUCACUGAUGUCAACAACAAGAUAACUGCAGGGUUACCUGGACAAGAAAGAGUCUACUUAAGUUCAGACUCUCUAUGUGCUGAAGAGGAAAAUAUGGAAUUUGAGUUAAAUGUUUUCUCGCCGGAGAUUCUAAAUGGAAUAAAUUGUUCAGGUCUACCACCACACAAGUUGGUUCUGAAGGUUGGCGCUCCUGUUAUGUUGCUGCGGAAUAUAGACCAAACUAAUGGUUUGUGCAAUGGAACGAGGAUGCAAGUUAGAAGAAUGGGAAAUCAUGUGAUAGAAUGCAAGACUUUAACUGGUAACAAAGCUGGAAGUAUUAUUCUUAUCCCAAGACUGAAUCUAAUUCCAAAUAAUGAAACAUUGCCGGUCAGGGUAACAAGUAAAGAUGGUCUGCGAGUGCUGUUGCAAAAUCAUGGACACUUGGAAGAUAACUGCACGACGAAUGUGGUGUAUAGAGAAGUUUUUGAGAGCCUAUAA